AUGAACAAAUUGAGCCAAGACAUCAUCGACCUCAUCUGCGGCCAUCUCUGGAGCAACGACGACGAAGAGCUUUUAAAACUGUGGUCCUACCGCGGUCUCUCCAGACAAUGGCAAGCGGCUGUUGAAAGAAAGAUGUUCGCAUCGCUUUCAAUACUCAGUUAUGAGGCCGACAAUUUUAUUCGUCGUUUCGAUUCCGACAGGGCUCGCUAUGUCCGAGAGCUUCAUUUCCAUGCCAUGUCCAAUGUCCCCAAACCCCUCAAGGAAAACCAGGUAGCACGUUACCCGCAGUAUGAGGACAAUGGCGUACAUGCGGUAUUAUUGGCUAACUUUACCACCGUCAUGAAACUCAUCGCCAAGUGGGAGGUCGAAUACCCAAUCUUCUUCUCGAUUUCGGGUACUUACCUUCGGUUAAAUGAGAAGUCCCUUCUCAAGUUCCCUAUUAUCAAGAACAUAACAACAUUCAGCUGUAUCGUCGAAAAUAUGGACCCAUUUGACUCGUGCAACCUGGCGACACGAAUGCCAGAGCUGAGGAAGUUUCGUUUUGCGAUUCAGCACCACACAAAAGAACAACGCUCCGACUUGGCUGAUGAGAUAGGGACGUGGGGCGAGAAACUGCCACACCUCGAAAGCCUUGAGAUUCUGGGAGAGUAUAAUGUCCGAAUUAGACAACACCCCCUUAACCACCCGGAGGACAUGAGAAAUGAAGCCGGCGUUGAUAGGCUAUGCCAAGAGCUGCGGCUUCUGUCGCAGAAAAGGGGCUUCAAGCAUCUCAGGAUGGAGCACUUCCCCAUUUCUAGGGAGCUUUUUGAGGACACACUGAAUCCUGAAGCGAAGAUGAGCUGGCCAACUUUGGAAGAGUUCAUGCUUCUGCCUCAUGAGAUAUCAUCCACAGGCGAAUGGUUCCUCUUAGACGAGCAUGGUGGAGGUAAGCUUGGCGGUUUCCGCUACAGGCACGAUGAUGCAGCCCAAGCUCCGAUUAUUGAAUUGUUUACGAGAGCAACUAGUUUGGAGAGUAGCCCGGCAUUGAAACGAGCGGGUUUGGGCUUCCGAACUGAAGUCCAACUUAAUGAACAUCAGCUCGAGGCAACCUAUCAAAUACGGGCGAGCUCUAAAGGGAAGGAAUACGUGGGGCGCCUCAAAGGGAAGGAAGACAUGGAUACCUUAUUUAAUUUUCGCAUCCGCAAUGGCUGUGAUUAA